AUGGGCCAGUCUCUGAUGAAGCUCUUCUUCGACAACUCCUGCCAGAAAGAAGUGAAGGUUGCGAUGCUUGGGCUGGACGCCGCCGGCAAAACGACGAUCCUGCACCGGCUGCACGUCGGCGAAGUUCUGUCGACGGUGCCGACAAUCGGUUUCAACGUGGAGAAAGUUAAUGUGGCCUUCACGGUGUGGGACGUUGGAGGGCAGGACAAGCUGCGGCCGCUCUGGAGGCACUACUUGAGCAACUCGGACGCCUUGAUAUACGUUGUUGAUUCGACGGACAGGGACCGGAUUGGGGUUGCCAGGGAGGAGUUCCAGGCAAUCGUCAAGGACCCGCUCAUCCUCAGCAGCAUUCUUCUCGUGCUCGCCAACAAGCAGGAUAUGGUAAUCAUCAGUGACUCGUCCAAAGCAAACCGAGGCAGACAACGCCUCUCAUCUGUGUUCGGUGUUCCUUUUUCUUCGCAGAAAGGCGCGAUGAGCCCCUCCGAAGUGGAAAAAAAUUGGGUGAGCGACGGGUCCAUUAAACCACCCAUGCGCCCCUAG